UAGCGCAGUUUGAGCUGCAGCAGUAAAGCUAUACUGCACAUCUACCUGACAGAAAGAGAGAGAGCAGAAGAAAGAGAGCGCAAGCGAGCGCGCGCUCCAAGUGCAGGUUUCUGGGUUGGCAGCAGAGCGCGCGAAUAGAGCGUGGAACGCGGAAUAUUGGGCAAAAUUACCGCGAACUCAAACAUCAGGAGACGCUCAGAGGGAAGCGAACGAGAACGCUCGACAACGCCUAUUUCUCCGAAACGUGCAAAUUAACCGGGCAGGAGCAGCCAUGCCAUUUGGCUGUUUGACUCUGGGAGAGAAGAAGGACUACAACAGUCCUUCAGAGGUCACUGAUAAGUAUGACCUGGGACAGGUAGUGAAAUCGGAGGAGUUUUGUGAAAUCUUCAGGGCAAAGGACAAGAACACACUGAAAAUGUACACCUGUAAAAAGUUCCUGAAGAAAGAUGGAAGAAAAGUACGGAAAGCAGCCAAAAAUGAGAUCCUCAUCUUGAAAAUGGUGAAGCAUCAUAACAUCCUCCAGCUGGUAGAUGUCUUUGAGACGAGAAAAGAGUACUUCCUCUUUCUGGAGCUGGCCACAGGAAGGGAGGUGUUCGACUGGAUCUUAGACCAGGGCUACUACUCAGAACGUGACACCAGCAAUGUGAUCCGGCAGGUGCUUGAAGCUGUGGCUUACCUGCACUCUCUCCACAUCGUUCACAGAAACCUAAAGCUGGAAAAUCUGGUCUACUACAACCGUCUGAAGAACUCCAAAAUUGUAAUCAGCGAUUUUCACCUGGCCAAACUGGAAAAUGGUCUUAUCAAAGAGCCAUGUGGCACACCAGAGUACCUUGCUCCAGAGGUGGUUGGCAGACAGAGAUAUGGCAGACCGGUGGACUGCUGGGCCAUCGGAGUGAUUAUGUACAUCCUACUGUCAGGAAACCCACCUUUUUAUGACGAGACAGAUGAUGACGAUUAUGACAAUCACGAUAAGAACCUGUUCCGGAAAAUUCUGUCUGGAGACUACGAGUUUGACUCCCCCUAUUGGGAUGACAUCUCAGAUUCAGCAAAAAGCCUAGUUGCGUGUUUAAUGGAGGUGGACCAGGACCAAAGACUGACUGCACAGGAAGCCAUUAAUCAUGAGUGGAUAUCUGGAAAUGCCGCCUCAGACAAGAACAUCAAAGAUGGCGUUUGUGCUCAGAUUGAGAAAAACUUUGCUAAAGCUAAGUGGAAGAAAGCUGUUCGUGUGACCACUAUGAUGAAGAGACUCAGGGCUCCAGAUCAGAGUGACUCCGGAGCCUCUAGCCCUGCAAUGGGAGCCUCAGGAGGACCUGUUACCCCCAGCACCACCCCUGUUCCCCUGGCUGCCACACCAGUGCCUCCCCGCACCACCCAGGAUCACCCCGAGGCCCAGACACAGGAGGCCUCGGCUCCACCACGAUGUAAUGGAGAAAUACUGACAUCCCAGCCACGUAGUGGGGAAACUAGGGAGGAAUAGAAUGGCUGAUUACAUUCAGACAAAUAUAGUCGCAAAUAGAGCAGCACCUACAGUACACACUACAUAUAAAUUCAUAUUGAAAUCUAAUGGUGGAGCAAAGUUCAAUUGUGCUUAAAAGCUUGAUCGCCAUUUUACGUUUUCAUUUGUGCAAAAUGCUGUAAUCUAGAAAGACUUUAAAAUGUAAAUCCCAGUCCCAUAGUAGUCUAUAUGUAUUUUCUUAAAUAGCUUUAUCAAAGAAAUAUUGUUUGUAACUUCUUACAUAAUACUCAUUGAUAUAAUUUCAAUUGUUAAAUUGAAACAAAUUCAAAAAUUUCAAACAUUUGCUACCAUCUUUUUAGGGAUGUUAUACAAAAUAUGAUCUAGUACUUGAGGUUUAUUUAUUUAGUUCUUAGAUUUGCUUUUAAAUAUUUUAUUAAAAGUUCAAAUAUUUUCAGCUGUUCAUAAUCACAUAACUAAAAUAUCAGUGGAAAACUGAUAUUUAUUUCAUUUUUUUCUUUCACACUGCAAGAGCAAAGGACCAUUUAAAAAAAAAAAAAACGUACAGCCUAAAAAGAUGAAUUUUAAAGCAAUUAAAGGAGAUGAUUCUUUGAUGAAGAAUUUCAUAUAGACCUUUAUGCAGUUUUCCAGUUUGAUACAGAAGAGUCCAGCAGCUGAAUUACAAUUCAUAUCAAUAUUUUAUGUCAGAAUUUCGGUUAACCAGCAACUAAAACCAUUGCUGUACUUCAUUAAUGUACAAGUCAUUAAGUUUUGUCAAUGCUAUCAUCAUAUCAAUAUAAUAUUACUUGGUGUUUUUGUACUGCUAAAUCAUGUUUUAUUUUCCUUUGCUGUACGAUCUUAAUAGAAAUUAUGUAGCUCUUUUUAUUCAAUCUGCCCUUGUAUCCUUAUUCUAAAGAGCACUGCAUUUUAUAUAGAAUACUAAUGGCUUCAUUGAAUCUGUUACAUUGAGGCCUAAGGGUUUCCAGAACGUUCUGUUAAUGUGCAGUACAAACGAAGCAAUAUGAAUAUUGCUGUAAUACUGUGAAACUGCUAUACAGGUGAUAAGAUGUUCCUGCCAUAUUUCAUACAGGUAGCCAAGCAAUUUGCUCUUGAUGGUCGUUUGUGUACUUGAUCCUAUAGCUGUAUUUUAUGUUCGGUUAUUGUAUUCCACCAAAAACCCCAGACCUUGUUUUUACUGUCCAUGUGGAGAGAGAUAAAUCAAAAUGUCUUUAAACUGCAAAUCCUGCUGUAGCUCAUGUCCAUUAUGGCAUAUUUAUUUGUAGUUUAUUGUUUUAAUUGAUUGUCUUUAGCAUGAUCACAUGUUUAUUUGCUAAAUAUACUCCCCGUUGUAUAUAGCUUCACUGAGUUUUAUCUGUUAGUACUAUAUCAGUAAUGUAAAAGGAACAGACGUACAUUUUGUUUGACCUCUGUGUGCAUUAGUUUGACCUAAGCUGAAAUCCAGAAUUUUCUCCUGUUUAUGUUUUCCUCUUUAGGAUGCACUGGGCUCUGUAAACACUGAAAUAUAUUUUCUGAGAAAAGUUUUCAUAGAAGACAGAGCAGAAAAAUAGUUGAUCGUGAAAAUUCAGAGUAAAAUGUGUGGUUCAUCAUUUUCAUGUAUCAGCUCAGCCUAAUGUGUUUGUCACUGUUUGUGGCUUCUGUAUUUUGUUACUCGAUAUGCAUAAUAAAUGUUUUUGGACAGUG